UAACUGCUUUAAAUUCCUAAAACUGCUUGUUUUUCAUUGUAACACCUUCCCCCCCUCUUUAUUUUUCCAGAACCAUGACCACGGCUGCAUCGCCUGUCGUAUCAUCUACCGCUCUGACGAGUUCCACCCUCCCAUCCUGCCGCCGCGGGCCGACCUGACUGUGGGGUUGUACGGUCAGUGGGUGAGCCAGCGCUGCGAAGUCCGCCCUGAGGUCCUCUUCCUCACCCGCCACUUCAUCUUCCAUGACAACAACCACACCUGGGAGGGCCACUACUACCACUACUCUGACCCCGUCUGUAGACACCCCACUUUCACCAUCUACGCCCGUGGACGCUACAGCCGAGGGCUUCACUCCACUCGAGUAAUGGGCGGGACAGACUUUGUCUUCAAAGUGAACCACAUGAGGGUGACGCCCAUGGACUUGGCCACCACCUCCCUCCUCAAUGUCUUCAACGGUAACGAGUGUGGAGCGCAGGGGUCCUGGCAGGUCGGGGUGGAGCAGGAUGUCACCAUAACAAACGGCUGCGUGGCGCUGGGCAUCCGGCUCCCCCACACAGAGUACGAGCUCUUCCGCAUGGAGCAGGACGCCCACGGCCGCUACCUGCUCUACAAUGGCCAGCGUCCCAGCGACGGUUCCAGCCCGGACCGGCCAGAGAAGCGGGCCACUUCUUACCAGAUGCCGCUGGUCCAGUGCUCGGCAAGCAGCCAGUCGUCCGACUACAGCCAGGGGGACGACAGCUACAGGCCUCUGCUGCACCACAAUGACUGCACAGGGUGGCACAGAGGCAGCGAGAAACACGUCACUGUGGCUUUGGUUGCGUUCGUCAUGUCUGCGCUCCUUUUCUGGCAAAGCUAGAGAGCUGUUUGAGCUUUUUCUACAUAAAGACACAAAACAAGAGUGUGGAUUACAAGAGCAGACUGGGAGACUGCUUUUUUUUUUUUUUAAAACAUAUGUAAACUUAACUUUUCCUUCUUUGAUGAGAAUGAGGAUGAAAACUGGUGCCCCUGAUCCUCUGAACUCCUCCCCAGCUACCAAAGACUCAACACUGCUGCACCACAGAAACUGCACUUUACAGUGGAACCAAAGACCGACUAGUCUGUGUUUCCACAAAUAUAAAAAGAUGUCUAUAUAUCCACACAGACCUAUGUUUUUAUACAGUGUAUUUACCAACAACUGUCAUGUUGUUUCUUGGUUUGGUAUUACAAAAAAGAAAACUAUUUGAUGCGUGGGAAGGUUUUCUACAUUGAACUCUCUGACAAUGAGCUCCUUGUCUCGAGGACAUAUGCUUGUGAGUCACUGUUUACAGUAAAAAAAAAAAAAAAAAAAAAAGGAACCACCGUACUUAUAUUAAAGCAAUUUGUUUAAAUAUAGCCUGAACUCAGCAGCAGUUUUCUGUCAUCUAUUCCACAUCAAGGUCAUACUGUUACUUUGGACACAAUAAAAUUCUUUCAUCUCCUUCUCA